AUAUAAAUAUAUAUAUUAAUAAUCAGGCAACUAUAAGUAGGCAGCUACCUGGUUUCAUAUAGUCGUUGUAGUAAAAAUAAACUGUCUUAUAAGUGUGUUCAAUUUGUGGGGUUAGAAAUAAAUGGUUUCAGCAGAUCCCCCACAACCCAAGGAAGUUCCAUCAGAUGACAAAUGGGGGGAAAACGGUCCUCAUCGGGAAGCGAAGUGGUGGUACUCGACCUUUCAUACCGUUACAGCUAUGGUUGGUGCCGGGGUUCUCAGCUUGCCGUAUGCCAUGGCUUACUUAGGAUGGGUUCCGGGUACAAUAGUGAUGGCGCUAUCGUGGUGCAUAACCCUAAACACAAUGAGACAAAUGAUACAGCUACACGAGUGUGUACCGGGCGUUCGGUUCGACCGAUACUACGACCUAGGGCGGCACGCUUUCGGGCCGAAACUCGGGCCGUUGAUUGUACUACCUCAGCAGUUCAUAGUCCAGGUUGGCUGUGACAUUGUGUAUAUGGUGACUGGAGGGAAAUGCCUGAAAAAGUUCAUGGAAAUUGUGUGCACCAACUGUACACCUAUGAGACAAUCGUAUUGGAUUGGCAUAUUUGGAUGCCUGCAUUUCUUUCUCUCUCAGCUGCCGGAUUUCAAUUCUAUCUCUAGGGUUUCGUUGGCUGCAGCUAUCAUGUCAUUAAGCUACUCAACAAUAGCCUGGGUGGGCAGCCUGAGCCACGGCAGAGCCCCGACCGUGAGCUACGCCUACAAGAAAACGAGCGGCGCCGAUUACAUGUUCCGCGUUUUCAAUGCUUUAGGUCAAAUCACCUCCGCGUACGCCGGCCACGCCGUUGUUCUCGAAAUUCAGGCCACCAUCCCAUCCACUCCCGAGCGGCCGUCGAGAAUUCCGAUGUGGAAAGGCGCCGUGUGGGCCUAUUUCAUCAACGCCAUAUGCUAUUUUCCGGUGGCCCUCGUUGGAUACUGGGCGUUCGGACAGGACGUCGCCGACAACGUCCUGGUCGCGCUUGAGAGGCCGUCCUGGCUCAUUGCCGCCGCUAAUUUGAUGGUUGUUGUCCACGUCAUCGGAAGCUACCAGGUUUAUGCGAUGCCAGUAUUUGAGGUGCUAGAAAGGACAAUGAUUACAAAAUUUAAGGUGCCACCUGGACUUUUGCUAAGGAUAAUUGUUCGUUCUGCUUAUGUUGCGUUGACUCUGUUUCUUGGCGUGACUUUCCCUUUCUUUGGUGACCUGCUUGGCUUCUUUGGUGGCUUUGGCUUUGCCACAACUUCUUACAUACUGCCUAGUAUAAUGUGGCUAAGAAUCAAGAAACCAGAGAGAUUGAGCCUAUCCUGGACUGUCAAUUGGGGAUGCAUAUUUGUUGGAGUGUUUAUCAUGUUGGCAUCAACCAUCGGGGGAUUGCGAAACAUCAUUGUCGAUUCGUCUACUUACGAAUUCUAUUCGUGACAACGUUUGUUGUGAUUUUAGACUAAGGUUUUUUUAGUGGCACUUUUGAAUAUGGAAGUGCACACAUCAUCAUUGUCAAGUUUAAUAAAACAAGUAAUCAUUUGAAUUUCGACGGAAUAUUCGAUAUUCUAGUGGCACGACAUGAGUGCCCGAUUGUGAGGCUGCUUGUUGAACGUGCGAUUUCGUUUAA